AUGCUGAAACUCCUCUCGUCCUCCUCCUCAUGCCUCCAGGCCAGAGUCCACGUUCAGGGGCAUCGUCGAACCUGCAUCAGACUCUGUUCCUUAAUUUCCAUCUCCACAAGUCCAAGCUCACAGCCCUUCAGCCUCCCAAUCAUUUCAGAGCUCAUAGCAAAGCAACAUUGGUCAGAGCUGAAAACCCACCUCAAAGACUCGAACUUUAUCGCGGUUCUUCACCAACUGUUUGAUGCAGGAACUGACCCAGUACUGAUACUCAGGUACUUUAGUUGGUCGCAGAAGAAUUUCAAUGUUACACACCCUCUUGAACUCACUUGUAGACUUUUGCAUUCCCUAGCAAAUGCAAAAAAAUACUCAAAGAUCAGAGCUUUCUUAGAUGGAUUUGUUAGAAACAAUGAAAAGCUUUCGAAUUCUUCAAUUUUUCACAUGCUUUCAAUGUGUGGCAACCAGUUCUGUGCAAAUUCUGUUAUAAUUGAUAUGUUGGUGCUGGCAUAUGUGAAAAAUAUGAAGACCCGUUUGGGUUUUGAAGCAUUUCAAAGAGCUGGUGAUUACGGGUUUAAGUUGUCAGUUUUGUCUUGUAACCCUUUGUUGAGUGCUUUGGUGAAGGAAAAUGAAAUUGGAUGUGUUGAAUAUGUGUACAAAGAGAUGGUUAGGAGGAGGAUAGAGGCUGAUUUGUUCACUUUCAGUAUUCUGAUUAAUGGUUUGUGUAAAGUUGGGAAAUUGAACAAGGCAAGGGAUGUUACUAAUGACAUGAAAGCUUGGGGGAUUUCACCAAAUGUGGUUACUUAUAAUACUCUUAUUGAUGGGUAUUGCAAAAAGGGUGGAUUGGGGAAGAUGCACAAAGCUGAUGCCAUUUUGAAGGAGAUGGUGGCAAAUAAUGUUCACCCGAAUGAGAUUACUUUUAAUAUUUUGAUUGAUGGGUUCUGUAAAGAUGAAAAUCUAGCUUCUGCGGUCAAGGUGUUUGAGGAAAUGAAGCAGGGUUUGAAACCGAAUGUGAUUACAUAUAAUUCUCUGAUUAAUGGGUUAUGCUGUAAUGGGAAGCUUGACGAGGCUUGUGGUUUGCAGGAUGAAAUGCUUGGCUUGGGUUUGAAGCCAAAUAUAGUUACCUACAACGCACUCAUAAAUGGGUUCUGCAAACGGAAGAUGAUGAAGGAAGCUAAAGAGUUGUUUGAUGACAUUAUGAAUGGAGGCCUGGUGCCCAAUGCUAUAACAUAUAAUACGCUAAUUGAUGCUUACUGUAAGCAUGGAAUGAUGGAAGAAGCAUACGCAUUGCAUAAUUCAAUGUUAGAGAGAAGGGUUUCCCCAAACACUUCGACAUUUAACUGCUGGAUUGCUUGUUUCUGUAGGCAGGGAAACAUGGAAUUAGCUAGGAAGUUCUUGCAUGAAAUGGAGGUUAAGGGCUUGAAAGCUGAUCCCAUAACGUAUAAUUUAUUAAUAGAUGCAUUGUGCAAAGAAGGGAAGUCAAGAAAGGCAGAAGGGCUCUUGAAUGAGAUGUUUAAAAAAGGUUUGAGUCCUAGCCACGUGACAUACAAUACUUUGAUGGAUGGCUAUUGCAGGGAAGGAAACCUGAAGGCAGCUUUGAAUGUGAGGUUACAGAUGGAGAAAGAAGGGAAGCGGGCAAAUAUAGUAACAUACAAUGUGUUGAUCAAGGGACAUUGUAUGAAGGGAAAGCUUAAAGUUGCAAAUGAACUUCUCAAUGAGAUGCUGGAGAAAGGUUUGGUCCCAAAUCGAACUACAUAUGAAAUAGUAAAAGAAGAAAUGAUGGAGAAAGGUUUUCUUCCUGAUAUAGAGGGACACCUGUAUAACAUCUCUAGCUUUUAA